AUGGAUUAUAGUAAAUGGGACCAUAUUGAGGUUUCCGAUGAUGAGGAUGAUACUCAUCCUAACAUAGAUACCGCUAGUCUAUUCCGUUGGCGUCAUGAGGCUCGUCUUAAUCGUGACCGCGAAUGGAAAGCAGAAAAAGAAAAGUUUGAGAAGGAAAAGAAAGAACACAUUGAAGCGUUGCAGAAGGCUCGCUCACUUUACGAGGAGGGUGUCAAAAAUAAUGCCUCAAAUGUAAAGGAGUUGGAGGAAAAUCUGAAGAAGCUUGAGGUUGCGGAUAAAGAAUGGCAGGAGAAAGAAAAAGAAAUGAAUAAAAAGGAAAGAUUCAUCAACAAAGCGGCUUUGAAAGAGAAACCGAAGGUUGACGAGGACGAUGAUGAUGAUGUCCACGAGGAGGCAGCGGACCGUCUUAGGGACUUUGUGAAGAAGCAUGAAGCUGAAAUCAAGAAGUUUGGUAUGUUUAGUCGUCCUGUGGACUCUCAACAAUACCUCCUUGAAAAGCCCUACCUUGUAUGCGACGAAACUGCCAAUCAUCUCGUCUUGUGGUGCCUCGACCUUGCCAUGGAAGAAAAGUACAGUCUGCUGGAUCACGUUUCUCAUCAAUGCAUUGUGAUGCAGUUCAUGCUGGAACUGGCUAAGUCCCUCAAAUGUGACCCACGGUCUUGCAUUCGACCAUUCUUUAACAAGUUCAUCAACCCAGAGCCUGAGUAUCAGCGCAUGUUCGAAGAGGAGCUGACAGCCUUUAAAGCACGUAUUCGUGAUCGUGCUCGAGUGAAACUAACUGAGGCAAUGCAACAGUACGAGGCAGAGGAGCGUCAGAAACGUCUUGGUCCUGGUGGUUUGGAUCCCUAUGAGGUCAUAGAAACUCUUCCUGAGCCCCUUCGAAAGUGCUUCGAGACUCGAGACGUUGAGUUGUUGAAGAAGACACUGACAGAAAUGGACCCGAAAGAGGCAGAGGAGUGUAUGAAGCGAUGCAUUGCCUCUGGCCUAUGGGUUGAAAAUGCAGCUGAUGCUGCUGCUGAUGUUGGUGAGGGUGAAGACAAGGUGUAUGGCGCAGCAAACGGUGUGAGUGUGGAGCCAGAAAGGGAGGAUACGAAGGAGGUGGCACCAGCGAACUGCCCCGAUAAUGCUCCUAAUAAGUCGUGA